AUGGUCCUCGGCUGGGAAAGAAUCAACAGCAAGCGCUCCCAACCAAAUAAAAAUAUUGUCUUCAUCAAGCCUCUUCCUGGCGCGACCGAGAAUACCGCAAAAGACUACCUAGAACGGAUCGCAGCGCAAUGUCUGCCUAUAACGAACAAACACUACCUCGCGGUGGCAUCUUUGGAAGAAUAUGAACCAAAUUUAGAGUUCUGGGGCCGGAACUUUAACAAUGGAGAAGUCAUUCAGCUGGUUCUUCGUUCGCCAUCUACGGGUCAAUGGCUGCCAUUCAAAUUUGUCCAGAUGGUGAUGAUGCACGAGCUUGCACAUUGUAAAGAAAUGAACCACGGACCCAAGUUCUGGAAAGUUCGCAAUGAGUAUGCCUCAGACAUGAAAGAGUUGUGGCAGAAAGGAUACACAGGUGAUGGACUUUGGGGCAGAGGCGUCUUACUUGAGAAUGGAGCAUUUUCGCAAGAAGAGUUAGGUGCCGGAGAGGUGCUACCGGAACACAUGUGUGGCGGCACAUUCAAGUCUAGAGGCGGUAGAAAACGAAAAGCACCAAAACCGAAGAUAACUUACAAGGAGCAAAAAGAACGCCGGAUCAAGAAGAAGUUUGGUGUAAAUGGCAUGGCUUUAGGUGCUGAUGAGCAGGUCAAAGUUGAGCUUGAAAAUGGUAAGAAGCCUGCGGGAAAGCCAAGGGUAGCUGGAAGUAAGCGAGGAAGAGAGUUACGUGCUGCUGCUGCUUUGAAAAGAUUUGAGGUUGUGAAAGAGGAGCCGAGUAUCAAGGACGAGGACCUAGUCACGGACAGCGACACAGAAAGCGACAAUGAUGAUCCUUGGAUUAAACCGGAGCCAGGCGACGCCGUUGAUAUUAACGGUAAGCGGAUGGUUGAUACUAAGGGGCGAGGCAUGGUUAAGGUUUGUGAAGAUGAAGAUAAGGACAAUGAGGAAGUUCAGAAUGAGAUGAGGGAACUUGCAAGCAUGAAAGCGCCACCUCCUCGCUCGCCAACUCUCAUGAGCAUUCCUGAGUUCAACCCUCCGGUGCCGCCUACAUCCUCGACUAUGAAAGCUUCAGUAACUUCAAAACCAAGGCUUAGGGCUACAAACAUUUCGUCCUCCACUGCGACGAGAAACGAAAGCUCAAGCAGUGUUGAGUCAAAAUCUCAAAAUCUGCCACAAUCGACUCAUCGAAGUCCCUCGUCACCACCAGCCGACACGUCUUGCCCUAUUUGCACAAGUACUAAUACACCAACAUCACUCACCUGUACCGUCUGUUCGCAUGUAUUGAAGCUAGAUUUUGUACCUGGAUCAUGGAGCUGUGACAGCGAAGCUUGCCAAGGUGGAGUCUACAUCAACGCCGGCGAUUCCGGCGUUUGUGGUGUGUGUGGAGUAAGAAAAUGA